UUCUUUAUUCUGUAGGCUGUUUUCUCUUCUGUUAGGAAGCCACAAUGUCUGGACGUGGAAAACAGGGAGGCAAAGCCCGAGCGAAAGCUAAAACGCGUUCUUCCAGGGCUGGGCUGCAGUUUCCCGUCGGCCGUGUGCACCGUCUGCUCCGCAAGGGCAACUACUCGGAACGAGUCGGGGCUGGCGCGCCAGUGUACCUGGCGGCGGUGUUGGAGUACCUGACUGCAGAGAUCUUGGAACUCGCUGGCAACGCGGCUCGCGACAACAAGAAAACCCGCAUCAUCCCGCGCCACCUGCAGCUGGCUAUCCGCAACGACGAAGAGCUUAACAAGCUUUUAGGUCGCGUGACUAUCGCACAGGGCGGUGUCCUGCCCAACAUCCAAGCCGUACUGCUGCCUAAGAAAACGGAGAGUCAUCAUAAGGCCAAAGGCAAGUAAAAUGACUACUAGUCAAAUCCGUCGGUGAUUCCGAGUCCCUGAAACCAAAGGCUCUUUUCAGAGCCACCCACGUUUUCCGUAAAGCGCUGGAGU